CGCAGGCGGCAAAAGGUCCUCCGGCGGCGGGCUCGCCUCUCCCUGCGGACGGGCCGGGCGGCCCAACGGCCGCGCGGUCUUUGCCUUUGCCUUGAGUCGGGGCAGGGCUAGGGCUGGGCUGGCGGCCCGGGGCCAGGGAGUUCGGUGUGGUGCCGGCGGCCGCAGGCCCGGGCCGCGCAGCGGGGUCCCGGCGUCGGGAGCCGUGGGCGGGCGGUGGGAGCCCCGCCGGGAGCCCUGCUGGUGGUCGCGGGACUGCCGCAUCUCACUCGGGUCCCUCUUCCCCCAAGCAGACCCCGCCUGCGGGCCGCCCAGCGCGACCAUGGUCUCCAAGUCCGACCAACUGCUCAUCGUCGUGUCCAUCCUAGAAGGUCGCCAUUUUCCCAAGCGUCCAAAGCAUAUGCUUGUAGUAGAAGCAAAGUUUGAUGGAGAACAGUUGGCUACUGACCCUGUGGACCAUACCGACCAGCCAGAAUUUGCUACCGAGUUAGCCUGGGAGAUCGACAGGAAAGCCCUCCAUCAGCACAGGUUGCAGCGUACUCCAAUCAAACUGCAGUGUUUUGCCUUGGAUCCUGUAUCUUCAGCCAAGGAAACUAUAGGUUACAUUGUUCUAGACUUAAGAACUGCUCAAGAAACAAAGCAGGCUCCAAAAUGGUACCAGCUGUUGAGUAAUAAAUACACCAAGUUCAAGGCUGAGAUACAGAUAAGCAUUGCUUUGGAAACAGAUACAAAGGCCCCAGUGGAUAGUUUUAAAGCCAAAGGAGCCCCCCCUCGAGAUGGAAAAGUAGCUGCCAGCCUAUCUGGACUUGACCCCAAGGACAUUGUGGCAGUCCUGAAUGAGGAAGGAGGCUACCAUCAGAUCGGACCAGCAGAGUAUUGCACUGACUCCUUCAUCAUGUCGGUGACCAUAGCGUUUGCCACCCAGCUGGAGCAGUUAAUUCCAUGUACUAUGAAACUUCCAGAAAGACAGCCUGAGUUUUUCUUUUACUAUUCUUUGCUGGGAAACGAUGUUACAAAUGAACCCUUCAAUGAUUUAAUCAACCCAAACUUUGAGCCAGAGAGAGCGUCUGUUCGAAUACGUAGCAGCAUAGAAAUUCUUCGUGUUUACCUGGCUCUUCAGUCUAAACUACAGAUCCAUCUUUGCUGUGGAGACCAGUCACUUGGAAGUACAGAAGUACCCUUAACUGGACUACUGAAAAAGGGGAGUACAGAAAUCAACCAGCGCCCUGUCACAGUUGAGGGUGCUUUUAUUCUCGACCCUCCAAACCGAGCCAAACAAAAGCUUGCACCUAUUCCUGUGGAGCUGGCCCCCACUGUUGGUGUGUCUGUGGCUCUGCAGAGAGAAGGCAUAGACGCCCAGUCUUUAAUUGAAUUAAAGACCCAGAAUGAACAUGAGCUACAGCAUUCAAAGAAGCGAGUUUUAACUCCUAUAAAAGAGAAGACACUCACUGGGCCAAAGUCACCAAGCAUGUCCCCUGUUCCACCUCAAAACCCAUCACCUUCCACGAAAGAUGAUGUAACAGGAAGUGAAGUGGAAAGCUUGCAAUAUGAUAAGGACACAAAACCAAAUCCAAAGGCCAUCAGUUCUUCUGCACCUGCCUCGGCGGUCCAGCCAGUGCCCGCAUCCCACGCUUCAGAAACAGCCUCCGGACAGAAGAUUGCUGUGCCAGCGACAUCACAUCAUUUUUGCUUUUCAAUAGACUUAAGGAGUAUCCAUGAUUUGGAAGUUGGUUUUCCAAUCAACUGUAUAUUAAGGUACUCCUAUCCAUUCUUUGGUAGUGCGGCUCCUAUUAUGACUAAUCCUCCUGUAGAAGUUCGCAAAAACAUGGAAGUUUUUCUUCCGCAGUCUUACUGUGCAUUUGAUUUUGCAACUCUGCCUCAUCAGCUGCAAGAUACCUUCUUAAGGAUUCCAUUGCUGGUUGAAUUAUGGCACAAGGAUAAAAUGAGUAAAGAUUUACUUCUGGGAAUCGCCAGAAUCCAGCUUUCUAACGUCUUGUCUUCGGAAAAAACUCGCUUUUUAGGUUCCGGUGGUGAACAGUGUUGGCGUCAAACUUACAGUGCAUGUGUGCCUUUCAUAACCGCACAGGGGUCAAACAACAGGAUAAUGGAUCUUUCUUAUACAGUAACUCUAGAAGAUUAUGGACUAGUAAAAAUGCGUGAGAUUCUUGUCUCUGAUUCAUCUCAGGGUUUAGCUGCUGUGCAACAGAAGCCAUCUUCCGUUCCUCCAGCACCCUGUCCUUCAGAAGUCCAGACAGAGCCUCGAGAAACCUUAGAGUACAAAGCAGCCCUGGAGCUAGAAAUGUGGAAAGAGAUGCAAGAAGACAUUUUUGAAAAUCAGCUAAAGCAGAAGGAAUUGGCUCAUAUGCAGGCUCUGGCAGAGGAAUGGAAGAAAAGAGACCGAGAGAGAGAAUCGCUUGUGAAGAAAAAGGUGGCUGAAUAUACUGUUCUAGAAGGAAAACUUCAAAAAACCCUAAUUGACUUAGAGAAGCGAGAGCAACAGCUUGUCCUUGCAGAGUCAGAGGUUCAAAGAGAGAGAAAGGAACUGAAAUUAGAACGUGAACGGAACCUGCAAGAACGUCAGGACUCUAUCCGGAGGGCCAGAGAGGAUUGUGUUCAUCAGGUCGAACUAGAAAGGUUGAAGAUGAGACAGCUAGACGAGGACAAACUCCGACUGCAGCAGCAGCUUACUGAUGCUGAAAAUAAGUAUAAGAUUUUGGAAAAAGAGUUUGUUCAGUUCAAGGAUCAGCAAAGCAACAAACCAGAAAUCCGGCUACAGUCUGAAAUAAAUCUCCUCACCUUAGAAAAGGUUGAACUUGAAAGGAAGUUGGAAUCUGCAACUAAGUCUAAACUGCAUUACAAGCAGCAGUGGGGACGAGCUUUGAAAGAACUUGCCAGACUUAAACAGCGGGAACAAGAAAGUCAGAUGGCUCGUCUUAAAAAACAGCAAGAAGAACUGGAACAGAUGAGGCUCCGUUACCUGGCUGCUGAGGAAAAAGAUACGGUGAAGACUGAGAGACAAGAAUUGUUGGAUAUCAGAAAUGAAUUAAACAGGUUACGGCAACAAGAACAGAAACAGGACCAGGAUUCCAGAGAGACUGCGAGCGGAAAGAUGGACAGCCCGCGCGGCAAUACCCUGGAAGGAGGUUUGGAUGAUUAUUUGACUCGACUCCUGGAGGAAAGGGACACUUUGAUGAGGACGGGUGUGUACAGUCACGAGGAUCGGAUAGUAAGUGACCUGGACCGACAGAUCAGGGAGGUCCUGGCAAAAAACAGUGCCAGUAAUGAGUAACGUUUGGAAAAUCUUUACGGAGACUCCAGGCCCAAAUUUUAAUUUCAUUGUAAACGCCUUGAAAGAAGGGAAAGUGGAUGUUUUAAAACCAAUUUUCAAUUUUUUAUAAGCAAAAUUUUGUAUGUUACUGUACAGUAUUUAUUUGAUUUUAUUUACCUUAUGCUACCUCUCCCACUCUGGUUUUACUUGUAAUUGCAUUUUAUAUACUCAUUUUAGGUGACUUUUCAGUGUUUCUCAUAAUUUAUAGUUCCACAGCUAACUUUCACAACAGCUUUUCACGAGAUGUGUCCUUAGAGAAAUGACUGCAGUAAUUUCCAGUUGUAUAAUUUUUCAUGUUGAGCCAAAAGAGUGUGUGUUGCACUUUAAAAAUGCUGCGUCCUAUUCAUUUGACUACAGCUAUAUCUCGAAAGUUGAGGCCAAUUGUAAACAAUUUUAUUUAACUUACUUUAGACAGCCCGUGUUUUUAACUUGUAACAUUUGCAAGUGACAAGUUUGAAAACAGAAAGCAAGAUCAAGGCAGAGAAGCGCUAGGCUCUACUGAAUGACAAACUAGGCAUUUAUUUAAAUAAAGUUAAUACAGAAUAAACUUGUUUCAACACCCUUUGAAUUUCCAAAUUUUCACCGUGCUCCUAACUUUCAGGAAGAUGAAAGUCGCAAGUUUAAAAAGGAGCUCAUCUGCCCACUAGUGCCCAAGAUUGUAUUGUUUUGUUUCCUUGAAAAAGAGGGAUUUUUUCAUUUUUUAUUUUCCCGUAACAGUAAUGCUAGUUCUUAACCCAAAACCUCUGUAAUGUAACAGGCAGAAAGACACAAAGGCUUCUGCUGAGAAAGUAGAGUGAAAAACGUUUUUACUCGCCCUAAUUUUAAUCAGUUGGUUUUUAAAGUAUUCGAGAUGAAGUCAUUGGAUUUAUGUAGUGCCCUUCCCUGCGAACUUCUGAGAAUUCCUGUACAUCGUCUUGUUCAUAGCCAGCGUUUGCCCUCGGGGCAACACUUCCCACCUCCUUUUCCAGAGUUUGUUAGCAAAUUCACAGAUUAGGUGAGGCUUAAAGUAUAAGUAGUUUAAAAUUUCUGAUUCCCAAAUAUAAUACAUUUAAGGAUAUUUUAGGAAAUAUAUAGUGUUUACCGAGAACUUCCCUAAAAGCAGAAGAGGCAGUUUGGAAACAUGAAAGUAAUUUUCUCUUGUUUUCAAGGAGGUGUAUUUUUUGGGGGAAAGUAAAUAAAGCCCCUACACGCAUUCUAUGUUUUAUUUUGUUUCCGUAAUAGCCAAGUAUUAAUCUUCUAAAAACCACCCAGCAGUAAAUGACAGAGAAGGAAGUUACUGCAGGAGAGGCUAACGACUCUGUGAAUCACAGCAGGAAUGUGAAAUAUUAAUUAUGGUUAGACGUUUCUCUCACUGAUUCUCCUGCCACACACAUGGACCGGAGGUAUUUUCGUUUCGGGAGGUCCCUGGGGAAAUAGGGUGCACUGUGUCUUCGCUUGCUUUGCGUGCUGUGCGUGACUCUCUUCCAACACUAGAGGGGGCCUCAGAUUUAGAGAAACAGAAAGGACCUUUCCUAUCGGGUGUGUGGUUCACUUCGCCGUCUGUAGGGCCAUCCUCUGGCUCUGGAACUUCACCAGUACCAAUCAGAAUCCUGUGCCACGGCGAGCUCCUGAGCGGUCUGUUACGUCUGCUGCUCCACAGGGCAGGCCGGUGGCCGGCGCCCCCCGUCGCGUUGUGGUUUGGGUUUCGAGGGGCAUACGUUGCCCGUACCUUCAUGGGUCUGAAAAGUGGGAACAUGUGAAAUUCUACCACCUUUUUGUGGUCCUUCAGCAACAGCCAUCUCGCGCGUAAGGGUCAUUUCAUGAAUGGAAAGGUCCUGUCCGGGUCGGCGAGUUGAGCGUCCGCGCAGCAG